CUGACCUUUAGGACACGAGCCCGUCGUGCUCGACUCAGCUCUACAGAGAAAUACCCAACCGAACUCUCUCCUCUGCUUUCUCUGGUGCUUCUCUCCCAUGGCGGCCACCACCCCUGUUUCCUUCCCCGGUGGCGUCUCUCCGGUCCUGUCUUCGCUUACUGGCAGAGUACACAACUCCCACCUCGUCCACUGGAAGUCGACUCUUCGACUGACCUCCCCCUCCACAAAUUGCCUCGUGGUGCCGAGGUGCGGAGCGGAACCCCCGGCGAGUUUCCCGACGAGCGCCGGACGGUUCCGGCAGGAGAAGGAUGUGGAAAACGACAGUGCGGUGGCAGCAGCGGCGGCAGAGAAUCCGUACGCCGACGCGGAUCACGCGCGGCCGGAGGAGCGGAAGAGCCUGGCGGAAAUUCUGGAGGAGGUAAGAGGCUUCGUCGGAUCAGACGGCGGCGGCGACGGAGGUCCGCCGCGAUGGUUCUCUCCGUUGGAGUGCGGCGCGCGUGCUCCGGGCUCUCCUCUCCUCCUCUUCUUGCCUGGAAUCGAUGGAACUGGACUAGGGCUCAUUCGCCAUCACAGAAGGCUUGGAGAGAUGUUUGACGUAUGGUGCCUUCAUAUACCAGUCAUGGAUCGGACUCCUGUCCAAGACCUGGUUAAGCUUAUUGAGAGGACAGUUAGGUCAGAGAAUCACCGUUAUCCAGACAGGCCGAUAUAUCUAGUUGGAGAAUCUAUUGGAGCAUGUCUGGCACUAGAUGUUGCGGCCAGGAACCCUAAUAUUGAUCUUGUCCUGAUACUAGCUAAUCCAGCCGUGCAUUUCAACAGCUUCAUGCUGCAACCUCUAUCGGGUCUACUGGAAUUUUUGCCUGACGGAGUUUCAACGUUGAUGGAUCAAAUAUUUGGGGUUAAGCAUGGUGGUCCAUUUAGGGCGAGCAUUGGCAGUUUGGCAAAUGAAUUUGCUCUUCAACGGAUAGGAGGGGGGCUGUUUGGAGACCUCUUCGCAGCUUCAGCUCUUAUGCCUACUCUGGCAAGGAUCUUUACCAAGGACACACUUCUCUGGAGGCUGGAAAUGCUUAAAUCUGCUUCGGCAUCUGCAAAUUCUCACAUGAACGCAGUCAGAGCUCAAACUCUGAUACUUCUCAGUGGACCUGGUCAUUGGCUGGUGAACAAGGAAGAGAUAGAAAGACGAAGUCAAGUCUUGCCGAGAUGCGAAGUCCGUAACUUCAAGGAAAAUGGACAUUUUCUGUUCUUGGAGGAUGACAUAAAUCUGGUAACUAUCAUAAAGGGCUCCUCUUUCUAUCGCCGUGGGAAGUCUCAUGAUUACAUCUCGGAUUACUUCCCACCAACUCCUUUCGAGUUCAAACAACAGGCUGAGCGAUAUAGAUGGAUAAUGGAUGCUACUUCCCCUGUAAUGCUCUCAACUCUGGAAAAUGGAAAGCUAGUAAGGGGCCUUGAAGGAUUACCUUCUGAGGGACCUGUCCUGUACGUUGGAUAUCACAUGUUGCUGGGAUUUGAGUUGUAUCCACUUGUGAUCCAAAUCCUCAAGGAGAGGAACAUUCUGUUGCGUGGAAUGGCGCAUCCGUUGAUGUUUCGGGGGAAACGAGCCUCGAUGCUCCCUGAGCUGCAGGCCUUCGACACAAUCAGGUUAAUGGGUUCGGUUCCUGUCUCGCAUUUCAACUUCUACAAACUUCUCCAGUCAAAGUCUCACGUCCUCAUGUAUCCUGGAGGUGCCCGUGAAGCUCUGCAUAGAAAGGGUGAAGAAUACAAGUUGUUCUGGCCAGAGCAUCCGGAGUUUGUGAGGACCGCGUCUCGAUUCGGAGCCAAGAUUGUUCCUUUCGGUGUUGUCGGAGAAGACGAUCUCUGCGAGGUUGUACUGGAUUACAACGAUCAAAUGAAGAUGCCUUUCUUGAAAGAUCUUAUCAAAGAGCUAUCGAACAAUACUGUCAGAGUGAGGGGCGAUGAAGGAGGCGAAUUGGGAAACCAAGACUUGUAUUUCCCAGCUAUGGUGCCCAAGAUUCCCGGCCGAUUCUAUUAUUACUUUGGUAAACCAAUAGAAACUGCAGGUAAAGAGGAAGAGCUGAGGGACAAGGAGAAGGCGCAGGAGCUCUACUUUCAUGUGAAGUCAGAGGUAGAAAACUACAUGUCCUAUCUCAAGACCAAACGAGAGUCUGACCCUUACAGGAACUUGAUGUCGAGGCUGUUGUAUCAAGCCUCCCAUGGCCUCUCUUCCCUUGUCCAAACCUUUGAUCUCUGAUUCUUCUCAUUUCAUGUGUAUGUAUUUUUAUGAUUGUUUUUGGUUGGAUGUGGUCGUAUUUCGAAAUUUUGUUGUAUGUUUAUGGGGGGAAAUAAUAAAGAGAGAAAAAGAAACAGAAUCGGAGGUGGAGAUGAUGUGAUGGCGCCUACUUGUAACGGUUCAGUUCUUUUUUUCAUUACAUUUCAUAUAUAGCGUGGAUGGA